AGUAGAAUCAAAGUGGCGAAUCACGUUUUCAGAAUACAAUUUGACCAAUAAUUGUAAAAAAGAAAACCGUCUUUCUUCUCCACUAAAAUCCCAACCAAACCAAUGGAUCUUUCUCGAUCCUCAACUUUCCGGCCAAAUUCGCCGCCGGCGUCCCCCCUCGCCCGCCGGAAUCUCUUCCGCCCCUUUCUUCUCCGCCGCGAACCGAUUCCUUUCACAUUUUCGAGGAGAAUAUUCGCCCAGAAAAAACCUAAAAUCGAAGGAUUGAGCGACGAGCUGAACUCCAUCGCGUCGCAGAAUCUGGACCACGCUCCUGCCCGUCGAAGGGUCAGAUCAGCCUUUUCGAAUAUUCAGCUUCAGCUCGAUCAUAUUCUCUUUAAGAUGGCUCCGGCCGGGAUCAGAACAGACGAGUGGUACGAAAUUAAUUCAAAUGGGCAAGAAAUUUUCUGCAAGAGCUGGUUGCCGAUGCCCGGCGUCCGAAUCAAAGGCGCUUUGUGUUUUUGCCAUGGUUACGGCGAUACAUGCACAUUUUUCUUCGAAGGCAUUGCGAAGCAUAUUGCUUCCUCCGGCUAUGGCGUCUACGCCAUCGAUCAUCCGGGCUUUGGCCUCUCAGAAGGAUUGCACGGCUAUGUUCCUUCUUUUGACGGCGUAGUCGACAAUGUCAUCGAGCAAUUUAUCCUAAUGAAAAGUAGGCCGGAGAUCCGAGGGCUUCCGUUCUUCAUAUUCGGGCAAUCGAUGGGCGGAGCGAUCGCUCUCAAAGCACUUCUAAAGGCGCCGAAUGAGUGGGACGGAAUAGUGCUUGUUGCUCCGAUGUGUAAGAUUUCGAAGGAAAUGUCACCGCCAGUCCCGCUCCAAAAGGUGCUUAUAUUAUUAUCCAAUCUCAUGCCACAAGCAAAGCUCGUCCCGCAGAAAGACUUAGCUGAUUUGGCUUUCAGAGAAUCGAGGAAGAAGCAAAUGGCUCCGUAUAAUGUGAUCAGCUACUCGGACCAGACGAGACUCAGGACGGCCGUGGAGCUCUUGAAUGCAACUAAGUACAUCGAAUCGCAAGUAGACAAGGUGGCGUCGCCUAUGCUUAUCCUCCACGGAGCGGCGGAUAGAGUGACGGAUCCGCAGGUGAGCCGGUUUCUAUACGAGAAGGCUUCGAGCAACGACAAAACGUUGAAGAUUUACGAAGGAGGAUUCCAUUGCAUUCUUGAGGGAGAACCUGAUGACAGAAUUCUAACUGUUCUUGCUGACAUUGUUUCUUGGCUUGAUUCCAGGACAUCCUUGGACUAGUUUCUUUGUUUGUAUUCUUCUUCUUCUUCUUCUUCAUCGUUCGUCGCCAUUGUUGUCGUCUUGUUAAGGUUUAUUCAUGGCCUUCGUUUUCUUAGGUCUGUCUGAAAAAUAGAUGGAGUAAUAGGGGGAGUUUUUGUGGUGGUGCUAAAUAUAUGUCCUGAAAUGCAAAUUUGUAGAACUUGCAAAAUAGUUCCUCUGUUUAGUAGAUGAUUAUAGGAUUAAUUUAAUUAAUCAUAAUUAAUACUCUCUCCGUCAAA